CCGAGCUGUAACAUCCGGGCUCCGAGGUUCUACCAUGUGGGUUACAGGGCCCACCGCGGGAUUUAUUCAGCAUUCCAGUUGCUGCGUAAACCAUCCUUAUUUAAGGUUGGGCAACCCGGGCGCAAUUUAUCCCUGUAACCUGCAGUUGAGCUUAUUAGAACAAAACCUCUCGUGACGAUAACCCGUCUCCACGCAUCAUGUCUUCCGGCCUCACCAUCCAUCACCUGAGACUAUCUCAGUCGGAGCGAAUCAUCUGGCUCUGCGAAGAACUGGGAAUCCCAUACAACCUCAAAUGCUACGACCGCCAACAACCCACACUCCAAGCCCCGGAUGAGUUCCGCAAACUGCACUGGUCCGGUACGGCCCCGAUCAUCGAGGACAACGGCAUCGUGCUCGGCGAGACCAUGCCAUCGUCGACUACAUCCUAGCCAAAUACGGAAACGGACGUCUGGUGGUACCACCAAGCCAGCCCAACUACGCCGACUAUCUAUUCUGGCUACACCGAGCUAACGGAUCCACCAUGCCGGGGUUCAUGGGCCUGAUGUUCGCGCAGAUACGAGGCGAAGAGGACUUUCUUUCUAUUUGCCUCUGAUGUUGGAGCUCUAUCACAGGCAACACCUACCACAGCAAGGCCACACUGGCUAUGAAGCUACCGCCACUAUGAAUAGCGCAUCCAGCUAUGGUUGUUUCUCUGUCUGUCACAACAUAAUGAUUUCAUGAGUCAUUUCCCGAAGUAAGCAGCUAGACCUUCACUAAUGUAGUAACCAAAGGAAUAUCACCUGUU